AUGGCCGACCAACUCUCCCCGCCAGCUUCCCCCCCGAACCCUUCCACCACUGCUGCCAGCCUCAAUACCGAUAAGGUCGUUUCCACGCCGGUCACACCCGAAAACAAGCGGGUUUCUAUCGCACCCAACUCUAACAGAUUCUCUACCUACGGCGACCGAAAGAUGAGUCGCCGUCCGUCUACCGCGCCGGCCCCUAUCGUCGAGAGAGGAGGAGAUGGAUUAACGAGGGACGUCAACCACUCACUUCCUGGCGAUGGCAUUCGUAACAACCGGAAGUCCAAGACACAGACCGAAAUGGCCAAGCGCCGUAGCUCAUACUACGAGGAGGCUUUCCAAGGGGAUAGAGAGUCCAAUGUUGUCAAGGACCGCGUCUAUAGCGAAGCCAUUGUUAUGGCUGAGCUUCGUACCAACGUGAUCAUCAGUGACGAAUUUAGCUUUAUCACCGACUUUUCGUACCAGCUCUCUGUCAGGUACCAGCGACCAGUAUCUUCGAUAGUGGUUAACUUGCAGCACGGUGCCUGCAUGCUGUUUGGGGGCACCUUCGAGCCAGCUUACACAUUGGCUGUGCACGCUCUGACUAAUGAAGUUGGCAUCACCAAGAAUAAGAGAAACGCUGCUCUGCUUCAGAAACACCUACACGAAUCUAUUGGCGUCUCACCCGCUCGAGGCUAUGUCAAAUUCGUUGAGGUUCCUGCUGAGAACAUGGCCUGCAACGGCAAGACCACUGCAUCCCAGAUUGCGGAGGUAACGGGUGAAGCCGAGGAGACUAUUGCUGAGCGUCGUGCCCGUAACCGCAAGAGCAUCGCUGGCAAGUCCAUGUCUGCGUUUCGACAUGGAUCCAUUGUUGGAACCAGGAAGGGCUCUGUCUUCGAUUUCAAAAGAACGUCCAUGAUAGGCCCAAAGGAUACCUCCAUGGCCAUCAAUGAGCUUACCCCUCCUCAUAGCGCAACUGAUGCGCCUUCUAUUCCUCCCAUUCCCGAGCAACACGCCCAGAACAUUACCAGCAUAGAUGAGAAGAGAGAGGUACCUACCAAGGAGGUUGAGACAUCUUCUAUCAACCAAAGCCACCUAACACCCCCAAAGAAGACAAAGCGUAAGGGCAACUUCGUCAGCUCGUUGUUCUCCCGCUCCCCUAAGACGGCCAUAUCUACAGCCUCCUCCUAG